AUGGCGUCUCGAGCGGGCCCCGUUAUCAAUGCACCUCCUCCCAUGCACCGAUGCGACCAGUGCAAUGCUAUCUUCGAAAGUGAGAAAAGACUUUUCUCUCACCAGGAGGAGGCUGGCCAUUUGGCUUGCGAGUUUUGCGACAAGCUCUUCCACACGAUGGAUGCAGUUUUGGACCAUCUAUCAGCUGAGCAUAGAGAGUCCCAAGACAUAGUCUGUCCUGGUUGUGAGAAGAACUUUUUCACUGCUGGAGCAUGGGUCAACCACGUCGAGUCUAACGAAUGCUCUGGAGUUUUCCCCUCGGAUUUUGCUGGCGACACGGCCGAAAUCAUGGAUUAUCUCUCCACAAGAUUGCUCAAAUCUACCGAGGUGGUUAAGCAAGAAGUAGAACUCUCUGGUCCUUCUCAUAUCACCGACACCUGGGGCGAAGACUGGGAGGAUCAGAACAAAUUCGACGUGGAGCGACAUCCCGAGAACUUCCCGAGAACUGUGAACCAGGAAUUUUAUCAGGGCAGUUCAAAGCAGCCCAACUUCCUCACGGGAAGUGGUGCUGGUAGCCUUGAACAACGCCCGGGCAACGCUUGGGCUCAGAAGAAAGAUUUGUUCCCCGAGAGCAAGGCAUCUCGUGCUGUACCACCCCCUCGAUCUAUGAUUGAGAAUUUCCGGGAACCUUCUCAAUCUGCGAAGCCUACAGGGGAACGUAUUCUUGAUCCCGACCACCCUGAUUUUAAUGUGGCGUUGUUCAUGAACCCGAUCUUGGAGACCUAUAAAUGCCCCUACAAGAGCUGUAGCUCGAAGUUCAAAUAUCCAAAGGGGUUGAUCAAUCACUUGAGAUCCCCGGCGCAUUCUGGUAAUGAAUUCCGAUGCCCAGGAUGUAGGGUCGUGUUCACAAGUGCCGCUUCGUGGGCCCAGCAUGCGGAGACAGUUAACACAUCCAGAUGUCGCGUUGCACAGACGGAGGUUUACGGCCUUGCUUUGAAUGCGAUCACCAAUGGCGCUUUGGAAGUUGAACUUCACGAAGAUAUCAUCGGUAAUAAGGCCAAGGUUAGAAUCGUUAAAGGUUGGCCUGCUUCGAGACAACUUCGAAAGCACGAUCCCGCAUCUAAGCCUGUACCCGGUUCGGAAGGAUGGGCCAAAGCCAAGCAAGUUGAGGCAUCUGAGAGAAAGUUGAAGUUCGAGCCCAAGCAAGAAACCUUUCAUGGAUCUUGGUAA